AUGGAGGGAUCUUCCAAGCUAAUGAAAUUUGAAGAACAAAAAUUUGAUGACGAGAGACCGUCUCGAUAUACCAUUGAGUUUGAGGUCAAAGUUAAGCUCAGCUUAAAUGAUGGUACCACGAUAGUGAAGAAAGGACUGGGGAAGUCCACUUUUAUUCCCUCAAAGAAUGCAGCAUUUAUAAAAAGUCAGAAGGAGGCAUGUACAGACGGGUUAAAGCGCUGCUUUUACGGAUUGAUCGAAUUACUCAUUGACUACGAGGAGAAAGUGAAAAGUGGGUUCUUUGACAAAUAUAUCUAA